UGAUCGCGAGGAUCGAGUAAGUAGUUGAGACUGCGUCGGAAAUAGUGCAUCCAUACCUCAGCCAUGGCGGUCAGGUUCUUCGCGGUUCAGACUUUGUUCUGCCUCGUAUCUUAUACUCUGGCGCAACAAUCAUGCUUCGAUUCCUUCGUCGUCAUUCCUGCUCGUACAGCAUCCUGUCCGACCCCCGGUGUAACUCCAGGUCCAGGAACAACUGGCAACGCGGAUCCGACCUGCCUCGUUCGAAAUCUACCGACUGUCAGAAGGGACGAUUACACGUACUUUCCGGGCAUCGGUAGCUACAAGCUGCACUCGCAAAAACUUCCGUGGAACCAGGCUCGAAUCGCCUGCGAGCAGGAGGGUGGGCACUUGGUCAUCAUCAAUUCCGUGGCUGAGAGGGAUACAGUGUUGAGAGUGAUGAAGGCACAGUCCCCGCAACCGAGUUACGUCAGCGUGGGCUUCCACGAUCUUUACGAGGAGGGCGACUACGUCACCAUCCACGGGCAAACAGUGUCCAAGACUGGAUUCAAUGAGUGGUCAAGAGGAGAACCCAAUAAUUGGGGAGCAGAAAAUUGUGGAUCGUUGCACCUGAGUGGCGGGCUCAAUGAUCACAAAUGCAACGCACCACUUCCUUUUGUUUGUGAGCUACCAAUCCAUUGACAGUGGUUGGAAAAGCGUGAAACAGAUUGUAAGAAACAUCGACGACACA